ACCUACUGUGACCGCCUGGUCCAGGACACGCCUUUCCUGAUGGGCUGCGGGCGCCUGAGUGAGCAGCAGGUGGACAGGAUCAUCCUGCAGCUGAACCGCUACUACCCCCAGAUCCUCAGCAACAAGGACGCGGAAAAGACCUGGUCUUAGGGGUGAAGUGACCUGUGAAGUUCCACGUGAGCACGAGGACCCCCCACUUCAACAGUGUUGCUGCCAACCUCCCUGGUGACCUGACCCGGCCUCCACAGGCCUGCUGUGAUGUGCGCUCUCUGCCCCACCCCCAUGUGGGCGUGGCUCUUGGUCACCCCAUCCCUGGGUGCUCAGAGCACCUGGGUGGGACACCCCAUGAGGAAGCUGGGGCCUCCAGCCCACAGCCACCUUUGCCACUCCGCACCUCAUCUUCCCUUAUGCCCCCAGUUUCGGAACCCCAAAGCAUCCCUGCGCGUGCGGCUGUGUGACCUCCUGGGCCACCUGCAGCGGAGCAGUGAAAGGGACUGCCAGGAGUUCUACCGGGCCCUAUACAUCCAUGCCCAGCUGCUGCACAGCCACCUGCCCAGCCGGCUUGCCCCCCAGAACUCAGAUUGCACAGAGCUAGCCUCGGGCACCGGCCGCGCACACAGUGACAGGGGACCGGUGGCCUUCCUGGCCUACCUCGGCCUAGCCAUAGGGCUGGCGCUCCUGGCCUAUGGCCGCCCUCGCGACCCCAGGGUGCUGCCAGGGGCCAGGCGCGUCCUGGGCUUCUCCCCCAUCAUCCUUGACAGGCACGUCAGCCGCUUCCUGCUGGCCUUCCUCACAGAUGCCCCACUGAGGCUCUGACACCCCAGCCCUGCCCUGGGGUGAACAGCAUCUUCUCUAUGAACUUGCUUCCUGUAUUUAUAAUCCUGUUAAGUGCUCACCCUUGCCUUACAAAGUAGCUCAGCGGAAUUAAAUGUGGAGGCUUCUCUCAUCUCUUCACUCAGUUUUCUAGAUGA